AUGCCACAAGUGCCGGUGUUCCUCCUCAAGACGCGGUCACAGCCGGAUGAUGGCUAUGAAGAAUACUUCAAAGCGCUAUUAAUCGAAGGCAUUCCGUAUCAACUGAGCACAGACACGAGAUUUGUGCCUCACUUCGUUCCAGUACUCGAGCAUCAGCAAAACACCGAGAGUCUGAGUUCGCUUGAGAAGCUUCUGCGCACACAGCAGCUGACAGAGAAGUAUGGUGGACUGAUCUUCACAAGUCAGCGGGCCGUAGAGGGCUUCAGUGAUGUCGUCAGGAAACUGGACUCGGAGUCGCAGGCCAGCAGUGAAGGCGUCCUUGGAACAGCCACCGAGCAGAGGACACCCACACUCAUCUCGCCUUCAUUGACGACACCGUUCCCUCUCUACGUCGUCGGACCCGCCACAGCACACUCACUCUCCACUCUCUACCCAUCACCAACUCUUGAUCCUCUACACACUCGCAUAUUGGGCGAGCACACCGGCAAUGGCGCGGCUCUAGCGCAAUUCAUGCUGCAGCAUUGUAACGGCAUCCAUGCCAAUCUGUUAUUCGAGUACUACGAGGCCCCUCGUCUCCCAUUCAUCCCGUUGGUCGGGCCAGCUUCAGGCCAGUACGCAAGACAGCGACUCGAACAGAGUGACGACCGAUUGCGAAAGAAGCCAUUGCUGUUCCUCGUGGGCGAGGUCAGGAGGGAUGUCAUACCGAAGACGCUCAUGGAUGCUGAGCUUGGCGACAAGGCCAUUCAAGUGGACGAGUGGGAAGUGUACAGCACAGUAGUGAGAGAAGCUUUCGAGAAUGAGUUUCGGGGCCUGGUCAGCGAGAUCCCAUACUGGCAGCAACAGACAGAGGGAAAAGAGGCCGCCGCAUCGAACAUCGCAGUGGUAGUCGUCUUCAGCCCUCAAGGCUGCGAAGCCAUGUUGCGCGUAUUGGGGUUCCUAGACGAAGACGGUCGUGCAAAGGAGCACUUGAGGCGUGACCGUUGGUCAGACUCACAAGCCGCUGGGGGACCGACGGAAUUCGUCAUCGCAACGAUAGGUCCAACCACAAGAGACUAUCUGAUCGACAAGUUCGAUUUCGAACCAGACGUCUGUGCCAGCAAGCCAACUCCUGCGGGUGUAGCUGACGGCGUGAAGGCUUUUCUGGGCGCUCUUUUGCUGAGCAAAGGCCUCAGAUGA